CCCGCAUUCUCCCAGCUCUCCACCGUUCACGCGCCAACACCCGAAUGGCGGCGAGCAUGACCACAACCGCACCUGCGACUCAUGUAGACUGAUUUGACAAUUCCAAGGCCAGCAAAAUGGCUGCCAGAUCCAACUUCAAGCGGGCGGUGCCCCAGGCGCAGCCGUCCAUUCUAUCCUCGCUCCGGACUACGCAGAUGGUAGACGAGUCGAAAGCCAUUCUGCCGGCAGAAAUCAUCAACACCAUUCUCGACUACCUACCCAUUCCCGACAUGUUCACGUUCGCCCGCGCAUCGAAGCGCAUGCAGGAGAUGGUCUACGAUGACACCCGAUGGGUACAAAGAUUGAAGAGUAUGGGCUGUUGGAACGAUGUGGAGGCAAAGCAGCGCUUUGAAGAGGCCAUGCGCCGGAAAGUCGAAUCGCAAAAGGCGGAAGAAGCGCAGAGAACAGGCAUACCUGCGGAAGGAAAUGCUGCCGGGCUCGGGAUAGGUGGUGUGGAACAACCUCGCGGCAGCAUGACGCUUUUCGACGCAGACGAAGACAUACAACGGCUGUCAACAGAGCACCCGAAUCGAGCGAGAUCAUCGACGCUCGACAAAGGCUUCAACGACAUGACUCUGACGCCUACGUUCACGGGAGCGCAAGCGAGAUCAGCUGCUGUCGACCCGCACGUAGCUUUGAAGGCUAUUGCAGGCGUGCGGUCCAUCAGAGGCAGAGCACGCCAGGAAUAUGGAAAGGUCUACGGAGCGUUGGCGCCGUACUACUUUGAUCUGGCACGCUCGAGGAGCCACACCGACCCCGUUCUCUUUCGCACAUACCGGGACCCAGAACAGCAGGCGCAAAUGCUCGCCCAGCUCAAGACUUUCGCGAAGAGCGACUUCGCGCAAGGGUGGAAUCGGCGCGAGGAGAAGGUGGACACCAUGACAGGCAUCUUCGAAAACGCAGUACUGCGGGAGUUCGAGACUGGCUGUGAAGAGAAGGACUACGACGGUCGCAUGAAAAGAUUCGCGUCGGUGCUCUACAAUUUGAACGGCGGCGGAGCCUGUCUGGACUCGUACAUUCACAACCAUCAUUUGAUGCUGGACAAGGAAAAGUUGGGAAACCCCAGAGAUUGUCUGCCUGGGUUGAGCACAACCCAACUUACCCUAGAGCCGUCGCGAAAGUUCUUCCACGGACUUGCAAUCGCUAUGAACCAGGAGACUGCCAUUAUCGACCGUGUAUUUCCACCCACCUUUGACGUACUCCAACCGUUUUUGGAGCGCGUCGCUGAAGACAUAGUCUCCGAGUAUAUUACAUCCCUCUUCGAUGAGGCACACGAUACCAGCACUGAGAUCUAUCUCAAAGCUGUUGCUGGCGUUUUCGACCAAGCAUCGCAACUUGCCAUCUCACUGAAGCCGACGAAGGGCUCGAAGGCUAAUUUUCAGGAAGAGGUUUUUCGCAUAGUUGCCGGGUGCUUCGAGCAGCAUAUCGAUCUAUACCUGCAGGAGGAGCUGGACUUCUUCAAGCAAAAUUCGGUCGCACAGGUCGAGGCGUGGGAGAAGCGUCUAAGCGAAGAGGAGCAAACGACCGAGACAUUCUACAUGUCUAAUGUCAAUCGCAAAGCGGCUAAGCAGGACUUCCUGUCAUCUUUCAAGAAGGUGGUGAUGAUGCCUGUUAAUGUUCUCCCGACCAUUGGUGGCUCAGGGUCUAGAAACUCUGUCAUUGCUGCGCCUGCUGCCAACGGCACUAGCACUUUGGAGACACCUGUAAGAUCUGAAACACCGUCCGGCGAUGGUGCACGCUCGCCCGGUCUGCAAGCACCAACAUCCGAGCUUGCAGCGAAAGCAGCAAUCAUGAACUCUCGACUGGAAGGCAUCCGGACGCUCUUCAGCAUCGAGGUCGCUCUCGACUUGACACACAAGGCGAAGUCAGGCCUUGAGCGCGCUGCACGAUUUGUCAGACUUGGUGGACAGUCUGGCGAGGAAGCGAAGGAGCAGUGCGAACAGAUCUUCAUCUACCUUGUGCAGAUCCUCGGCAAUCGACACAUGAAGUUGGGGCUCGACAAGGCUGUCGGCCAUCUCGCAGAAUACAAGCCCCGUGAGGUCGUUGAUCACAGCAAAGAAGGUGUGGCACCCUUGGUAGCGUUUCUGGAGCUUGUCAACGUCGGUGACUUGAUCCAGCAGAUGGUGGAAGUGUUCUACCUGCAAGAGCUAGUCUCCGCCAACCUUACCGAUCGCGAUGACUUCCUCAGUCUUGCAGCCAAAGAGAAGAAGAAGUUCGAGCAAAUGCUGGACGAACGCGUCGCCGCAGGCUUGAACAAAGGUAUCGACGUGCUCAUGGACGAAGUGGAGUAUCUGUGCGGCACCUUGCAACAACCCUCUGACUUCAACCCUCCCGUGGGACCCAACGGGAUAGCACAAAUAUCAGACAUCGGGCCCAGCGAGACGGCAAGAAGGGUCGUCGAUAUGGUGUCGUCGCACACAAGCAUGUUAGUCGGUAGCACAGACAAGAACGUGCUGGAUGUGUUCAACCAGGAAGUCGGAGUGCGGCUGUUCACUGCAAUCUGCAAACACCUCAAGCGUCAAAGAGUGAGCGUCGAUGGCGCCAUUGUGCUGAUCAGCGACAUGAACGCAUACAACGCCUACAUCGUCUCGCUACGCAAUAAGCCACUCAUGCAGUACUUUGCAGCUCUUCGCGAGCUUUCCCAGAUCUACCUGAUCGCGCCGAAGGAGGCGAAAGAGAUUGCGACUAUUAUUGCAGAUACGGACCGCUACCACGGCAUCUUCAGGGCGGAAGAGGUGUAUGAGUACGCAGAAAGGAGAGCAGAUUGGUACCAGAUCAAGAGCGCGGUUGAAAAGCAGAUGUAUGGAGUUGGCUGCUGGGUUAUGUAACAUAGCUUGAGCAUGCGGCUCUGCGACAGUUAGCGAGACCGCUUUCGGAGAGAUAUGCAGGCCGCCGCAGAGCAGGUCAAGCGACUCGAAUACCAAGUCCAAACACGUGCCAUCCCUCGCC